AUGUCUCCCCCUCCAGCACCCACGACACCCCAAAACAGCAACGUCGCACGUAUUCCCAAAGAAUACGCCCACCAGACAGACCUAGAAGACAUAAUCGCGAGAUACAGAGACCUUCGCUUAAAAGGACUGAAGGAGAAUCCAAAAGCCUUCUCUUCCAAGUACGAAGACGAAGUUGAGUUUCCAUACGAGAAAUGGCUAGCUCGAGUUACCAACCCGCAAGCGCGUUCCUUUAUCGCUUAUGACAGCCAAGAGGACAACAAAGUGGAUUCUUUGGCGCUUCUUUUGAGUCGAGAAUGGUUGGGCACCGUCACUAUAGUAGGGCCUAGGUUGCUGCCUGAAGACAACGAGGUCCUCUCAAAGACACCUUGGGAUGUGUUUCUUCUGCCAGAUGAGCGAGUUCUGUCUGAAAUGGAGUCGCAUAACGCGACAUUGGUGUAUAUGCUUGGUGGCAUGUUUGUUCUCGAGACGGGAAGACGAAAAGGGCACGGUCGUCGGCUGAUUGAACGGGCUGUGAGUGAGGUACGCACGGCAGCUACUGAGGCAGGGGCAAGUCGACUCUUAGUGGUGUCUAUCGUGGAACGAAAUAAUGACGCUGCACGACGGUUGUAUCAAAGUUGUUCGUUUGAUGUGUGGGACGGUGAACUUGUAUCGCAAAUCUCACGGCACCAGGAGUGUGUUGCCAUGGUCUUGGAUAUUAGGCUGGAGCCAGGGUUGGCUGAUAGUGCAGAGCGAUGA